CACUCCUCCAUCUCCAUCUCUCAAGAUGUGACCGGGACCGUCCCGGCUACCACCAGUGAAAGAAUGGCGUCAGAGACCCCGCCCAACCCCGUAUCCCAUGCUGUGGUCCGCACAAUCCUCCGUAUUUCUCUCAGCGCCAAGGAAUACAAGCGCAUCCACGAUUAUGCCAUCCAGCGCACGCCCAUAUCAGUCCAGAGUAGACUGCCGUCGCCGUCCCAAUACGAAAUCAUCAUCCGCUCGAGAAACAAGCACAAUGCUGCUGCCGUGCGGGUCUCACUCCGGGCCUUCUUGCUCUCUCUAUCCCUCACAAAGCUGGUCGACAUCUUGAGGAACCGCAUCCGCCGUGAUAUACCGAGCAGCAAAGAACCGCGUGCCUUAUCCGUCCGCUCCCCAAAGCUUCGCAUAUCCGCCUCCUUCGCACUUGUCCUUCUCCUUCACCGGUUCCUUUAUCGCUUCUUCGUCAAGCUGCGCGUCAAUCUCCGCACAGACGAUGCUCGGCCAUUUCGAGAUCGUAACCCGCGGGUCUCGAAGGUGCUGACUUCGCGCUUUGCACCCGCCGUCGGGGCAAGCUUUGCAGGAUUCGCGCUUUGGAUCUGCCCACGGAACCAAUUCCGUGUCAUAGCAGCUAUCUAUUCGGCCACUCGUAGCUUGGAAUACCUGUUCAACGCACUGGAUGAAAAGGGCUGGUUUGAGAAUCGGCCUUCCUGGUUUGGCAGCUGGCUGUUGAUGCCAGUCGCUUGUGCGCAGCUGUUCCACUCAUUUAUCUUCGAUCGUGAAGCUACACCCUCGUUUCUCGGAAAGGUGAUUUUCAAACUAUCCCCAAGUUACAUCCGUGGUCGCCCCGAAAGCCUGCCUUUGAAUGUUGCGUGGCCAGAAAAGGAGGAUGUCAUCGAUUCGCUUGCGAACAUAUCUGCUUUACGAUGGCCAUCUUUCGUGUCACCAAUCCUACAUCCGGGCAGUUCGAAGACGCCGCCUUCGACAUUAACAUCGAUCUCACCGGUCACUGGGUCUGCCCACCCGGCUAUCUCAAGCUUGUCAUGCGCACUGCUUCAUCCCAGCGGGCCCAGCUGCAGUACAGCCUUCUUGCACCAUAUCCUUCUCUCCGUGCCGCCCCUGGCUCGUUUUCUGACGGCUAUCACUCUCGCGCUAUCGUUGCGUAAUCUCAAAAACAUCGCAUCCCACCCGAUCACGUCUCUUAACGACAUAUCACAGAAGGUCAUGAAGCUUACCGCCGUGCUUUCGACCUCUGUCGGCGCCGCUUGGGCUAGCAUCUGUCUCUGGAACUCCGUCCUCCCGCGGUCCACCAUGCCCACCAAGCGUUUCUUCUUGAGCGGCGCCCUUGCAGGCCUUCCCUUCGCUUUCCUAAGCCCGAACCGCGGCCUUUUCCUAUAUUUCUUCCGUGCCGCUGUAGCUACGGCCUGGAAGACGGCCGUUAAGCGUGGGUUGUGGACGGGGUGGCAAGAUGGGGAACUGUGCAUCAUUGUGGCCAGCUGGGCGCUGAUGGGAUGCAUUCUCGAGGCCCGACCGUCUGCGGUCCAAGGGAGGGUAAUAAGAAAGGCGCUCUCAUGGAUGAGGGGUGACGGUUGUGCGGAUCCAUUGAGGGUUGCAGAGAAACGGAGGGCGAAAAAGCAGAAGAAGACGGAGAUUGAUGCUUCGACUUAGGCGCUGCAGGUUCUCUUUGUCUUCUUGACUGCGGAUCUGGCUUCCGACAGCGAUCUCUGGAUUAUACCUCGUAUGCGUUUUGCCACACGUUCUAUGGCGAUAUUCACACACUGUCUCUAUGAUGAUAUAGUGAGUGGUCGCGCGUUUGGUAGUUGUCUUGGCGCGAUAGGGGCUACUAAGUGGAAGUAAUUAACUAGGGUGCUAUGUGAUCAGGGUAAAAAUAGUAGGAUUCGAAGAAGAUUGCAAGGACGAUACCAGAAUCUUUUUCUAUUAGCAUUCACA